AUGGGCUACACAAGGGAAGAACUCCCCGUUCGCACCAAGAGCACUUCGCUCUUCAAUCAUCUGGACACCAUGCCUGGAGACCCCAUCUUCGGCCUAAUGUCCCUCUACGCAAAGGAUCCAGCCGAGGAGAAGGCUUCCCUCACCAUUGGAGUCUACCGCGACGAACAAGGCAAACCCUGGGUCCUACCCACCGUCCGCAAAGUCGAGAAGAUGAUCGCCGAGGACGUAGCCACUAAUCACGAAUACCUGCCCAUGGAAGGUUUACACGCUUUUGUGGAGUCUGCUCGCGACUUGCUGUUUGGUAACCCUUCUCCUGCAUUGACUUCUCGCAUUGGAUCCCUACAAACGAUUUCUGGCACCGGCGCUGUGCAUCUGGGUGCGAGAUUCCUCAACGACUCGUUGCAACCAAAGCGUAUUUGGGUGUCUGAUCCUACUUGGGGAAACCACCAUGCCAUCUUUGACAUUGCUGCCCCUGCUGUCGAGCAAAAGAUGUACCCUUACUACGAUGCUGCAACCUGCUCUCUAAACUUCUCAGGCAUGAUGGAGACGUUGGAAGAACAAGCGCAGCCAGGCGACGUAAUUCUCCUCCACGCAUGCGCGCACAAUCCCACGGGCAUCGAUCCCACCAAGGAGCAAUGGAAACUCAUCGCCGAUCUUUGCGAACGCAAACACCUGUUCCCCUUCUUCGACUCUGCAUACCAAGGCUUCGCAUCCGGAGACGUCGACGAGGAUGCCUGGGCAGUCCGCCAUUUCGUCGACAGAGGAACGCUGGAACUCGUCGUCGCGCAAUCCUUUUCCAAAAACUUUGGACUCUACGGCCAAAGAGUCGGUGCCUUCCACAUUGUGACUGCGGACGAGCAAGCCAGAGACAAAGCACUCAGCCACCUGAUCUACCUGCAACGCGCCGAAAUCUCCAACCCACCAGUGUACGGCGCCAGAAUCGUUGCCUUUAUCCUCCAGAAUGCAGAGCUCAAGGCAGAGUGGGAGCAAGAUUUGCUCAUCAUGAGUGGACGCAUAAAGACCAUGCGUGCAGCUCUGUUUGGCGCGUUGCAGGAGCUAAAGACACCGGGCAAUUGGCAACAUAUUGUUGAUCAGAAUGGUAUGUUUUCGUACACUGGACUUUCGGAGAAGCAGGUGUUGGCGUUGAGGAAGGAGCAUAUUUAUUUGCUUACUUCUGGACGUGCGAGCAUCUCGGGGUUGAACAGGGAUAAUGUCAAGAUGGUGGCAAAGGCGAUCGACAAGGUUGUGAGGGCAUCUGGUGAUGCACCUGCUGUUGCUGCUUGA